AUGCUUGUUUUACUCGGAGAAUCAAAUAUCACACUUAAACCAACUGCAUUAAUUCCAAAUUAUUUCGAAGAAGAAGAAAAUAUAAGACCUAAUGCUGGUGAUAUUAUAAUUAGCAACUGCGUCUCAUAUAUUAGUUUAUUUUGGUACCAAUUUGUUCUUUCUCCACUGUUUGUAAUCACAUCUGGCCCAGAUUAUGUAGUAUGCAAAUCAUUUUUUCCUCUUCUAGGUGAUAUUUUUGCAGGAAGAAAAAUUAAUCAUGGAAAAACAAUGCAGUUUUCGACUGCUAUUAAAAUUGCAAAGAGAAAUCAACAGCCAAUUGUAAUAUUCCCCGAAGAAACAUUUACAAAUGGCAAAUAUGUUAUCAAAUUUACUGAUUUUACGAAAAAGCUGACCUUUGAUGGAAAAAUAUUCAUUUAUGGUAUCAGUCACAGCAUUGGUGUGAUGUCCCCUUGUUGCUUUGAAUCAAAUAUUGGUUUGCAUAUUAUUAUGAUGUUAGGACGUUUUGGAACAUCAAUGCGUGUUUUUUCUGCUCUCCCUCAAGAUAUACCUAAAUUGGAUGAUCAAUUUAUUGAAAAUUCCCGUAAUAUCAUGGCAACAAUACUCAGAAUUCCGACCUCGAGUUUUUCAGCUUCGGAUAGGGUUGAAUUUUAUAAAACUAACACUGACUAA